UAAAAAAAAACAUUGCGGUACAGUGUUUCUGGGAUCAUUGAACUAGGGUUUGUUCUCCAAGAAAUCAGACUAAGCGUUUCUUGUUCUCCAAGCUCUCAUAAUUGGUUGAUAAAUGCUUACUGUUUUCGCCUAAUUGCUUGCUUGUUCGAUUUCACAAUGGCCCUUCCUCUUGGGAAGCUGACGAUUAUUAUCGGAGCAGGCCUUGUUGGGUCAGUUCUUGCUAAAGAAGGUCGCAUGCCCAGUGUUUAUGAUAUAUUUUCUGGUACUUCUAAGGUACUCAACUUAUUCAAACAUGAUGCGAAACCCACUUCAAAUUCAAAACCACUCAACGACUCAUUGUUGGCACAGGUCAACAGCCUCAGGCAGGAGCUGCAACUACUGGCAUCAAAUAGAUCUGUUACCAUCGUCACUGCUAGUGGAGGAGGCACUACUGGCAAAUAUGGUAUCGUUAUCAUUGUUGCUGUUGCAGGAUAUGGUUAUGUUUGGUGGAAGGGUUGGAAACUUCCGGAUAUGAUGUUUGCUACAAGACGUAGUUUAUCUGAUGCAACAAAUGCUGUAGCUAAACAGCUUGAGACUGUCUACUCGUCACUUGCGGCUACCAAACGACAUCUAUCUUCAAGAAUCGACCGUGUUGAUUGCAGUUUAGAUGAGGUUGCAGAAAUUACCGCUUCUACAAAAGAGGAGGUGUCAGCGUUACGUGGAAAGACCAAAGUGUUUACCGAGGAUGUUCAGUCUAUACAUAACAAGGUUUACACCCUGGAGAGUAAGCUGAAUAUAAUUGCAUUGAAGCAGGAUGAAACAAACCUAGGAGUGGGGAGGUUGAUACGUACCGCCAUAGAAAUGGAAAAUCAGGGAAACCAAUCCAGUUCAUCAAAGCCAGCUCUUGAAUUGCCACCGAGGGCCAUGUCUUUGCCACCGCUUCAGAUAGAGGAGAUACAACCAUCAUCACUCCCCGUGUCUCCCAAAGCUAAGCAACCUUUGGAAACUGCAGUUUCUGCUUCUGGCUUGAAGGUUAUUCAAGAUGUGCCUGAAGAAGCUAGAAACACUCCCCACGGGCUGAACGUAACGGAAGGAAGUUCAAGCUCUCGUGUGUUUGGGCGAACAUUUUCUGGUUUCAGCUCUGUAUUCUCUCGGACCCACCCUACAAAUAGACAGUAAUAAUCGAGGCAAGCUUAUCUGUUUUUUGCUCACUGCUCUAGACUUGGAACAUAUACAUUUUUGUAAUUAAUAGAAAGAGGAAAAAAUUAGUCAGUUGAGGGUGGUUGGGUUAAGCCGGGCCUGGUCGGAAGUAUCUCAGAGCUCAGGUAGAGCAAGCUUAGUUUAGUCCCGGACAUGGUAAACAGGGAGACUGGUUACAGAAUCCUAAACUAGAACGUCUGUGUAUUUUUUGGAAUAUUGUUGAAUCCAAUUUAAACUCUCGGGUUUGUGUUUGGAUUUAUCAAACAUGUCUUGUGAAAACUGUUGAAUUCAUUUUGGCUAUAUCGUAAUAUAAGGAAAACUGUUGAUGCUUA